AUGAGAAGGUACCAACUUAAAAGAGAUGGCAUCAACAAAUUGAAUGGCAAGUUGUGCCCUAGAAUUGUUGAGAAGCUUGAGGCCAUUGGUGAGGCUACAUCGGACUGCCUAUCCCGUUUUGCUGGUGAUGGCAUAUUUGAAGUAGAGCAGGGAAGAAGGCAAUAUGCUGUGGAUUUGAGGAGGAGGACAUAUGGUUGUAGACAGUGGAAGGUGACUGGGAUCCCAUGUGCACAUGCACAUUCUGCCAUAACAUUUCAUGGGCAUAAACCGGAGGAUUAUGUAGAUUCAUGUUAUAGCAUUGAGAUGUACAAGAAGUCUUAUGCUCCCAUCAUAUAUCCAAUGCGUAGUGAGGAACAGUGGGUAAAGACUGCGCAUGAUGUAUUGGAUCUGCCUAGAUCAAGAAAGAUGCCAGGCAGACCUCGAAAGGCCAGGGUAAGAGGUCCUGAUGAGUAG